AUGACAUUGACAAGCAACAUCCAACACGCACUGUAUGCCGACGACAUCACCAUAUGGACCAGCAAGGGCUCGGACGGCCAGAUACAAGACAACCUUCAGGAAGCAGUAGACACCACCCAGAAAUUCGCUAUAGCAGCAGGACUCAGCUGCGCAGCUGAAAAGUCUGAACUCCUGCUCAUCCGAGGAGCACGCAAAACUAAUGAACGGAACAAGACCACAGACGAAAUCACCAUACACCUUGAAGGCACCCCCAUACCAAAAACCGACCGUCUAAGGAUACUUGGCUUGCACCUCCAAGCCAAUGCAAAAGCCACCCAUACCGUGCAGCUGCUAAAGAAGCAAUGCAUCCAAAUAGCCCACCUCAUACGCAGAGUCGCCAACAAAAGAGGCGGCCUCAAAGAAACCGAUACCAUUAGGGUUGUGCAAGCACUUCUCAUCAGCCGAAUAAUAUAUCACGCCCCAUACCACAAACUAAACCAAACGGAGCUAAAUAGACUCAACAUCAUUCUCCGCACAGCGAUUAAAACGGCCCUUGGACUCCCCCCGUACACCUCAACCCAACGAUUACUCCAACUCGGCCUGCACAAUACUAUUGAGGAACUGAUCGAAGCCCACACAACCGGACAACGCACCCGUAUGAGCUACACAAAGACAGGACAACAUGUCCUUCGCAGACUCGGCUAUCAGAGCUUCGAAAUCCCAGAGCACACCAUCAAAGUAGGGCCAGCUCCACCCGCAAUCACUGCCAGGAUACGGGUCAUGCCACUCCCACGAAACAUGCACCCAGAGCUCAAUGCCGGAAGGAGAGCGGCAAGAGUGCGUGCUCUCCAACGACUGCACGGAAACGACCCAUGUACCUUUUACACCGACGCGGCAGAAUAUCCCGCACCACAUAAGCGUCACUUGUCUGAAGAAGAUAUCCCAACUAUUCUUUUCGACUGCCCAAGUGGUAGCAAUUGUUCCAUGUUGGACAACUCGGACGAUGACUAUGUGGAAGCCCCAGCCAGUCAGGGUUCCUCCGACGAGUAUUCAUUGGACUUAUCCGACACAGAUGAAUCACAAGUGCAGGAAUCAACAACUGUGAAGAACAAGGAUCCAGAAAAACAAAACAAAGUUGUAAACAGCUGGUUACCCUACCGCGCUGUAAAGGGCUCCCAGCUGCAGCUUGCACGGUUCAAGCUGCAAGUUGCAGUCGGCUUGAUGAAGGCAGAAGAUGCUACUGAAGCAGACCUCGAAGGCUGUCGGUUCAACACCCUGUCGAGCCAAGCCUCUGACAUUCCAGAUUCGAAGAUGGACCAUCCAAAUGUUUUCAACAAUUUCACAGGGAGUGACCUGGUAUUCCUGGCGUACACAUAUGUGUAA